AUGCCGCAUGUUGCUAAUUUAAAGAUGAGUAUGAUUCUCCGGGUUCCUGCUGUCGCCCAUAAAUCAUGGCUCUUCUCAAGCUCUGUAUGCUAUGAGCUGAUAUUUUCACUCGGCCUGAGGCAUGGAGUGAUCAGAAGCAUCUCCUCCACAGAAGGGCAGCAGAGCACCUCAUCCAGUGGGUUCAGGAACAUUGAGGUGAUGGACGUUAACAGGGUGAGGGUAAUUGGUCUGAAUCGCCCCAGGCAACGAAAUGCAGUCAAUCGUCAGACGGCGAAGGAGCUUUAUAGUGCAUUUCGUCUCUUUGAUGAAGACGAUAGCUCAGAUGUGGCUGUUUUGUAUGGGAAAGGAGGAACGUUCUGUGCUGGCUAUGACUUGAAAGAGCUCGCGAGUGCCAGUACGAAAAACGGUGGCAUGGAUAUAAACGAGUUCUUACAGGACUGUGCUGCCGAGACUGAUGUUGGACCCAUGGGUCCCUCCCGACUGAUGCUGAACAAACCAGUGAUAGCGGCAGUUAGUGGUUUUGCUGUAGCUGGAGGUCUGGAGUUGGCUCUCUUGUGUGACAUGAGGGUAGCAGAAGAGGACGCAACAUUCGGAGUGUUCUGCAGACGAUUUGGUGUACCACUGAUCGAUGGUGGAACAGUUCGCCUUCCAGCACUCAUUGGUCUAUCUAGAGCUCUGGAUAUGAUACUCACAGGCAGGCCAGUAUUGGCACAGGAAGCACUUGCCAUGGGAUUGGUAAAUAGAGUUGUGCCUCGAGGAAAUGCUCUGAAUGAAGCAUUGGUUCUGGCCAAUCAAAUUGCAGCAUUCCCACAAGCAUGUAUGAGAGCGGAUCGUAAUUCUGCAUAUCACUCAAUGUACAAGACCAAAGACUCCUCAGACAAAAACAAAAACUGGUUGAAGGAAGGACUUUCUUUUGAGUACUCUAAUGGCGUUAGCGUCAUUGAAAAAGAGUCAGUGUAUGGUGCACAAAAGUUUGCCAGUGGAGUGGGAAGAAAAGGAAAAUUUGACUAGACUUUGCAUAAACAAUUCAAAUGUGUGUGUGCACUUGCUCACUAGGUAUUGAACUUUGGAUUAUCAAUCACUUCAUUACUAGGCCCUGGAACAUUGUUCAACAAACUUUCUUAUUUUUCUCAGCGCUUUUUUCAAGCCACCAACAUUUCGGGGUUGACAUUGAACAUCUUUUUUACUUUUGA